CGGCGGGGCCGGGAGGGCGAGCGGGGCGGGCAGGGCGGCCGCUGCGCCUUCCCGGCUGGGCCACCUGCGCGGCGGAACGGGCGCCCGGGGCUGAGGGGGUGGGGAGGACUCGCGGGCCCAGGCCCCGCCUUCCCGGGGCGCCCCCGCGGCGGCGCUGCCCUCCGGGCCUGGGCCCCUCGGAUGAGGCGGUGAGGCCGGGGCCUUCCCCCCUCCCGGUUCCUGUCCCCCCCUCGCUCCCUUCCGCCUCCUCCGGGGCCCGGCAGGGCCGCGCUCCCUGCCCCCCUCCCCAUGUAGGAGGGGGUGUUGGCGGCAGGGAGGGCUGAGCCGGGGUGAAUGGUGGCAGGAGCGGGCGCGGAGGAAGUUUGAAGUUCGGGGGUUUUGGAGGCUUCCCCCCCCCCCCUCCCCUCUCUGGAGCACAGUGGAGGAGGAAUGCCAAACCCGGAGAGACAUGGGGGCAAGAAGGACGGGGGCGGCGGGGGGUCCUCGCAGCACGCGCCUGGCUCGAACAGCAAGGAGAGGCACCGGGUGGCCUCCCGGCACAAGAGGCACAAGUCCAGGCACUCCAAGGAGUCGCCGCUGGCAGCCCAGGAGAGCGCGGCUCCCUUGGGCACGGUGAUCAAGCCGCUGGUGGAGUACGAUGACAUCAGUUCGGACUCGGAUACCUUCUCGGAUGAUGUGGCCCUCAAGCUGGAGAGGAGGGAGAACGAGGAGAGGAAAGCAGAGAGGAGUGAGAGGGCCCAGAAGCACCGGCACCACCAGCACAAGCGCAUCCGGGAGCUGAUGAAGAGCAAACAGGCAGAGAAGGAGAGGAAGCUGGAAAAGAGCCUGGAGGCAUCCAGCAGGUCCGGGUCCACCAAGGAGAGGGUAUCGGGGUCCUCCAAGAGACUCCUUGAAAGCGAGGAGCACCCCAAGUCAUUGUCCUCCAAGAGCAGCAACAAGGAGUCCCGCUCAGCCAAAGCACACAAGGAGAAGUCCAGGAAGGACCGGGAGCUCAAGUCCAGCCACAAGGAGCGCAGUAAGAGCCAUCGGAAAAGAGAUGCUCCAAAAAGUUACAAAACCAUUGACAGCCCCAAGAGGAAGUCCAGGAGCCCCCACAGAAAAUGGUCCGACAGCCCUAAAUUGGACGACAGCCCCUCAGGAGCCUCCUACAUCCAGGAAUACGACCUCAGCCCUCCCCGCUCUCACACGUCCAGCAAUUACGAUCCCUACAGGAAGAGCCCCGGCGGCUCCUCGCGCCGCCAGUCCCUCAGCCCGCCCUACAAGGAGCCCGUGGCCUACCAGUCCAACGCCCGCUCCCCCAGCCCCUACGCCCGGAGGCAAAGGUCCAUCAGCCCCUACGCCCGCAGACGCUCCUCCAGCUACGAGCGCGGCAGCGGCUCCUACGGGGGGAGGUCGCCCAGCCCCUACGGCCGCCGCCGCUCCAGCAGCCCCUUCGCCCCCAAGCGCUCGGUCAGCCGCAGCCCCAUCGCCAGGAAGUCUGUGAAGUCCCGGAGCAGAAGUCCUGGUUAUUCCAGGCACUCAUCAUCUCACAGCAAGAAGCAGAGGUCUGGCUCCCGCAGCCGCCAUUCCAGCAUCUCCCCGACGCGGCUCCCGCUCAACUCCAGCCUGGGCGCCGAGCUCAGCAGGAAGAAGAAGGAGCGGGCGGCGGCAGCGGCGGCCGCGGCCAAGGUGGAUGGGAAGGACGCAAAGGGCUCUCCUGUUUUCCUGUCAAGGAAGGAGAACAGCUUAGCUGAUAUUAAGGAGUCUGGAACGGAAUCUAAAAAGGUCAUCAAAACUGUUAAAUCUGAAAAAUCGUCUUCAGAUACGGAAUUAGUUAAUUUGCUGUAUGCAAAUGCAGAGACUAAAGCCCCUGCAGAGACAACUAAAGCUAAGGCAGAGGAGAACUCUGAGAGGAAACAUCCUGUCCCGGUCAGAGAUUCAAAACAGGUGGGAACAAAAGACUUGAAGCCUGUAGCAGUGGUAGAGGACCUCCUAUCUCCAAAAGAGACGGACGCAGGAGAGAAGGAGAUUCCACCCCCACUACCCUCAAUAAAAUCACCUCCUCCACCUCUGCCGACAACCACCCCGCCUCCUCCAACUCCACCGCUGCCGCCUUUGCCUCCAUCACCUGCUGUCCCACCUCUGCCACCAUCCCAAGUGACCCCUGUUCAGGUCCCUACUUCAGCCCCAACAUCUUUGCCGUCUUCUUCCCACCCAAGGACGUCUACUUUAUCCUCUCAGGUGAACUCUCAGUCCUCUGUCCAAGUCGCUACAAAGCCACAGGUGUCUGUGACGGCUGCUAUCCCACACCUGAAAACUUCAACGUUGCCUCCGCUUCCGCUCCCCCCUAUUUUAGUUGGGGAAGAUGACUUGGAUAGUCCAAAAGAGAUUCUUCCUCCAAAACCUGUGAAGAAAGAUAGAGAGCAGAGACCACGACACUUACUCACGGACCUCCCGCUCCCUCCAGAGCUCCCUGGAGGGGACCCAUCUCCUCCUGACUCCCCGGAACCAAAGGCAGCCACACCACCUCAGCAACCGUUCAAAAAGAGACCAAAAAUCUGCUGUCCUCGGUACGGGGAGAGGAGACAGACGGAAAGCGACUGGGGGAAGCGCUGCGUGGACAAGUUUGACAUCAUUGGGAUUAUUGGAGAAGGGACAUAUGGGCAGGUGUACAAAGCCAAGGACAAAGACACAGGGGAGCUGGUGGCUCUCAAGAAGGUGCGACUGGACAAUGAGAAGGAAGGUUUCCCCAUCACCGCCAUCCGCGAGAUCAAGAUCCUGCGGCAGCUGAUCCACCGCAGCGUGGUCAACAUGAAGGAGAUCGUCACGGACAAACAAGAUGCACUGGAUUUCAAGAAGGACAAAGGUGCCUUUUACCUUGUGUUUGAGUACAUGGACCAUGACCUAAUGGGGCUGCUAGAAUCUGGCUUGGUACAUUUCUCAGAGGACCAUAUCAAGUCUUUCAUGAAACAGUUAAUGGAGGGUCUGGAUUACUGUCACAAAAAGAAUUUCCUUCAUCGAGAUAUUAAGUGCUCCAACAUCUUACUGAACAACAGUGGACAAAUCAAACUUGCAGAUUUUGGACUCGCCCGACUCUACAGCUCAGAGGAGAGCCGCCCGUACACAAACAAAGUCAUUACCUUGUGGUAUCGACCUCCAGAACUGCUGCUAGGGGAGGAGCGUUACACACCAGCCAUAGAUGUGUGGAGCUGUGGCUGUAUCCUCGGGGAACUGUUUACAAAGAAGCCUAUUUUUCAAGCCAAUCUGGAACUGGCUCAGCUUGAAUUAAUCAGCCGGCUCUGUGGGAGUCCCUGCCCAGCUGUGUGGCCAGAUGUGAUCAAGUUGCCCUACUUCAACACCAUGAAGCCCAAGAAGCAAUAUCGGCGGCGCCUGCGGGAGGAGUUCUCCUUCAUUCCCUCCUCUGCCCUGGACCUGCUGGACCACAUGCUGACCCUGGACCCUGGCAAGCGCUGCACGGCGGAGCAGGCCCUGCAGAGCGACUUCCUGAGGGAUGUUGACCUCAGCAAAAUGGCACCUCCAGACCUUCCCCACUGGCAGGAUUGCCACGAGCUGUGGAGCAAGAAGCGCCGGCGGCAGCGGCAGAGCGGGAUGGCCCUGGAGGAGCCUCCAGUAUCUAAAGUUUCUCGGAAAGAAACUACCUCUGUUACCAGCACAGACACUGUCAAAAACAACAGCAGUCCUGUGCCCCCACAGCCUGCCCAGCUCAAAACAGAGCCUGGUGCUGGAGAUGCAGUAGCAGGCCUUGGAGAAAUCACCCAGCAGCUGAACCAGAGCGAACUGGCUGUUCUACUGAACUUGUUGCAGAGCCAGACUGAUCUGAGUGUCCCACAGAUGGCCCAGCUGUUGAAUGUGCACUCUAACCCAGAGAUGCAGCAGCAGCUGGAGGCUCUCAACCAGUCCAUCAAUGCCCUGACAGAAGCCACCACGCAGCAGCAGGAGCCCCCGGCGGCAGCAGCAGAGGAAGCCAUAGAGGAGCCGCCCGCCGAGGCCCAGCUCCUGGAGGAGCAGGUGACUCCAGAAGUAGCCAGUGCUCAGGGAGAUGUGCAGAAUGUGCUGGCUGUCCUGCUGAGCCAGCUGAUUAAGAGCCAGGAGCCUGUCGUAGCUCUGGAGGAGAGCAAUGGGGAGAAGAGCAGCGAGCAACGGGGGCUGAGGAAAACCCCCACCGUGCACCCAGAGGAAAGCACAGCAUGUCCUCCUCGCAUUCUCCCACCAGAGAAGAGACCCCCCGAGCCCCCCGGACCGCCGCCGUCUCUCUCGGAAGGGGAUCUGUCCAGCGCAGCCCCGGAGCUGAACCCGGCCGUGACGGCUGCUCUGCUGCAGCUCUUUUCCCAGCAAGAGGCAGAAUCCCACGGCCACCCCACCCAGGAACACCCAACUUCCAGAGCCCCGGACUACGGCCGCUCCCUCUCCUCCAGGACUUACAGCACCGAGGGCUCAGAGGGGGGAUUUGGUACCGAGGAGCUGAAUUCGGGCCAGACACUACUAGAACCCUCUGCCCAACCUCUGGGGAAAAGCAGGACCUUCUUGGGCUCCGUGAGCCACCUCGGGGAGACGAGCAAUUACCAGGGGACAGGAUCUGUCCAGUUUCCAGGGGACCAGGACCUGCGCUUCGCCAGAGUCCCCGUCGCCGUGCACUCGGUCGGUCAAUCCUUCACCAAGGCCGAGGGGAGCAACAACACCUUGGUUCAUCCAGAGGCCAAAAUCCAAAAUUACGGCGAGUUGGGGCCGGGAAGCGCCGGUUCCAGCGGGGCAGGGACAGGUCACAGCUGGGGUGCCCCAACCCAGGCGACUUCUUCCUACGGGAAGGCGUUCCGUGGGGCUGGCAGAGUGCCUCCGCGGGGGGGACGGGGGAGAGGGGUUCCUUACUGAGAGAUGCUCCUCCCCUCCCUCUCCUCUCCACCUUUAGCAACAUGACUUUUCUUUUUUUAUCCUUCUAUUUUUUAUUUUUGGUUUUGUGUUGGUUUAUUUUUAUUUUUUUUCUUCUGGCCAGAACAAGGUCUCGUCUGCAUUUCAGCUGCUGCAGAGCUCCCUCUUGUACUCCUUGCUAGGCUGCUGGCGGGCACCCCGGGACACGCCGUAGGGUCCCCACUUGGGCAUCUCGUUGGCCACAACCUCUUGUGCUUGGUUAGUGACAAAAAUAAAUGAAAAAUAAAAUUGCCCCCCCCCUGCAGAGGGCAGUGAGCUUUCUGCCCUGGGCCAGCAGAGCUGGGGGGGAUGGCUUGAAAAUACAAGGGAUGCAACUUAAACACAUCCGGGUGGGAAGAAGGAAAUUAAAAACCACAAAUGUUUUGUUGAGCUUCUCAGUGGGAGAAGUGCUGGGUGGUGUUCAGGUAGGGCUGGGGGAGAGUCUGGUUCCCGAAGCAAUUUUUUUGGGGGGUAGUUUUGGUUUGGUUUUGUUGUUUUUUGUUUCAAAUCCUCUUAAAGAAAAAUAAAUAGGAAUCUCUUGAUGCAGAGGCACCUGGAUCAGUUUUCCUGGCUCUGGAGCCCCAGGAUGUGACACUGGUUUGUAUUUGAUUUAUCCAAGGUGGAUGUUUUUUCCCCACAUGGUGUCUGAGUGUCCCUGGGCUCCGUGCCCAGGCUGUGCCCUGCUGGGGUGGCUCCAGCUCCUGUCCCUGGGCAGCCUUAACCAAUUGGCUUUUUGUGAUGGAUCUCUUUGGGAAUUGUCUCUCUCCUGCCAUGACUUUGCAGUGGAGAUUGUCUUAUUUUUUUCUUUUUAUUUUUUCCCCGUUUCUCUUUUUUUCUAAGAGCCAGAGAACACCUCCCUGAAGAACGUGGGUUUUCCUUCACAACUUCCAAAACACUUGAAGAAUUAAAGGAAAAAAAGAAAAAAAAAAAAAAAAAAGAAAGAAAGAAUAAUUAAUAAAUCACCUUCUGGUGGGGAAGUGCCACCAGGGAGGAGUGUCCUUUGUACCCAGCACCCUCUGGGCUGGUGGUGUGUGUCCUGAGGGGGGGUCAGUUGGGCUCCCCACCAGGCAUCUCAGUACUUGGAGGCUUAAUGUAUCAUUUCUAUAAGCAUAUAUAUUUUUGUUGUUGUCAAGGAAGUAUUUACAAUGAAUUCUCUCCUCCCGCAGAACGUUGCCAUGUUGUCCAUUUCAAUGAGACUUAAAAGAGAUGAAUAAAACAAAGGUACAUAUUUAUGAGCUUUUUUUUUUUUUUUUUUUUUUCCCUGAGCAGGCCUUUCCUAUGGAAAACAUAUGGUGGUUCUUUUAAUUUAGAGAUGACUGUUCUGAAGUGUUAAGUGGGUGGGAGUCCAGGGGAGGCUGAGAGGCCUUCUUGCUACUAACAGGAUUUCAUUUCUUUUGAUAGAGAGAGAGAAAUUAAAAUUUUAAAAUGCACCUGAAUAGCUGGUGCUUCUCUAAACUGGGGAAAACCUGCCUGACCCAGUCAGACCUGUGGCUGCUCCCACCAGCUUUGCUGUGGGGGAAAAGGAGGGGAGAGAAAAUAGAGAGAGAUUUAAGUGCUGGUAAAGUAUGAGGUCCCUGAGCACCCAGGAACCAGCCACUCUCCCAGUGUUGAGUCAGCACUGAGGAGUAAGACUGUUUGCAAAAUUCCAAGUGUAAAUUUGUUGGGUUUUGGUUUUUUGGGGUUUAUUUUUAGUUGACAGUUCACGCCUGAUGUGCAGAAACAAAAAAGAGCAGUUCUGUGAGGUACAGAGUGCACUGAAUAAGCUGGUCACCUCUUGAGGGGUUCUUUAGUUCCUCUGGUUUUCCUCCCCACUGUGCAGCUGCCAGCUCUGGUCUGUGGUGGAGCUUUUGUUGUUGUUGUUGUUCUGGUUUUUCUUCCUGAGCCCAUCCAAUUUGGAAGGAAAAGUCGUGUUCCAGUGCUGAAUCCUCUCAGGAAGCCCAUGCCUAUUUACUGUCUUUCCAAGUUGGCAGAACCCCAGCAGAGCCUGCCCAGGAGCAGGUCCCAGACCUCCUGGCAGGCUCUGCCCAUGUCCCCCUGGCCCAGGGGCCCCAGUGGUAGGUGCAGUUUCAGGUACCAAUGCCACUGGGUCCCCUCCAGCCCCAUGGGGACACUCCUGUGGCACUGGUUCAUUUGGCAGCAAGGGGCUGAUCAGGUGCUGGAGGUCACACUAAAAGCCAGGGUGGGCUCCUGUCCCUCUGUCCCACCUCCAGCAGAGGACAGACAGCCCAGAUUUCUGUCCUUUGCUCUGGGCUGACUGAUGGCAUCUGCCAUCUGUCCCCAUGGGGCCAGGUCACUCCAGCAGGUGCUCUGGGCUCCUGCACAAGGUGGUUUUCACCAGUCCCUUGUCUGACCUCACUGACCACCUGGGGGAGGUUGGGGCAGAGCCACGGUGCUGGCAGGGGCCACUGCUCCAUCUCCAGUGGCUGCUCUUAACUGGUCCCAGCAAGGGGCUUCCAGUCCCUGCAAGGUGGCUGUGGGACCACUGCCACCCCCUGCCCUCCCCCAGCUCCUCUUGUCUUUUGAUUUUCCUUUUUUUUUUUUAAAGGGUCUCUGUACAAAGAAGACAAAAGGAUUUACCUGGGGGCGGGGGGGGGGGGGGGCAAAUAUAUAUGUUUAAAAGGAUUUAAAAUGUGGUGCAGGUUGCAGACAAGCCCUGGGAGGCACCUCCCCCCCCCCUUUCUUCCUCCACACGAUGGGGUUUGGGUUUCAUGCCAAUGUCUGACACGCUGGAGCCAGUUGCCCAGCAGAGAAAUGUCUGGUAAGACUCUUGCUGUACCUCUCCUGAGUUCCGUUCCGAGACUUGAGCACCUUUUCUUGGUUGUACCUUUGUCUCUGUACAGAUAUUUUGUAAUAUAUUAUUUUUUUUUUCUUUUCAGUUUAUAAAAAUGGAAAGUGGAGAUUGGAAAAUUAAAUAUUUCCUGUUACUGUA